AUGCUAGACAUGCACGUGUCCAUACACAACCAGCCAACGCCUCAGGCCCUUACCCCUUCUCCUCUCCAGUCCAUACACAACCAGCCAACGCCUCAGGCCCUUACCCCUUCUCCUCUCCAGUCCAUACACAACCAGCCAACGCCUCAGGCCCUUACCCCUUCUCCUCUCCAGUCCAUACACAACCAGCCAACGCCUCAGGCCCUUACCCCUUCUCCUCUCCAGUCCAUACACAACCAGCCAACGCCUCAGGCCCUUACCCCUUCUCCUCUCCAGUCCAUACACAACCAGCCAACGCCUCAGGCCCUUACCCCUUCUCCUCUCCAGUCCAUACACAACCAGCCAACGCCUCAGGCCCUUACCCCUUCUCCUCUCCAGUCCAUACACAACCAGCCAACGCCUCAGGCCCUUACCCCUUCUCCCUCUCCAGUCCAUACACAACCAGCCAACGCCUCAGGCCCUUACCCCUUCUCCUCUCCAGUCCAUACACAACCAGCCAACGCCUCAGGCCCUUACCCCUUCUCCUCUCCAGUCCAUACACAACCAGCCAACGCCUCAGGCCCUUACCCCUUCUCCUCUCCAGUCCAUACACAACCAGCCAACGCCUCAGGCCUUACCCCUUCUCCUCUCCAGUCCAUACACAACCAGCCAACGCCUCAGGCCCUUACCCCUUCUCCUCUCCAGUCCAUACACAACCAGCCAACGCCUCAGGCCCUUACCCCUUCUCCUCUCCAGUCCAUACACAACCAGCCAACGCCUCAGGCCCUUACCCCUUCUCCUCUCCAGUCCAUACACAACCAGCCAACGCCUCAGGCCCUUACCCCUUCUCCUCUCCAGUCCAUACACAACCAGCCAACGCCUCAGGCCCUUACCCCUUCUCCUCUCCAGUCCAUACACAACCAGCCAACGCCUCAGGCCCUUACCCCUUCUCCUCUCCAGUCCAUACACAACCAGCCAACGCCUCAGGCCCUUACCCCUUCUCCUCUCCAGUCCAUACACAACCAGCCAACGCCUCAGGCCCUUACCCCUUCUCCUCUCCAGUCCAUACACAACCAGCCAACGCCUCAGGCCCCUUACCCCUUCUCCUCUCCAGUCCAUACACAACCAGCCAACGCCUCAGGCCCUUACCCCUUCUCCUCUCCAGUCCAUACACAACCAGCCAACGCCUCAGGCCCUUACCCCUUCUCCUCUCCAGUCCAUACACAACCAGCCAACGCCUCAGGCCCUUACCCCUUCUCCUCUCCAGUCCAACACAACCAGCCAACGCCUCAGGCCCUUACCCCUUCUCCUCUCCAGUCCAUACACAACCAGCCAACGCCUCAGGCCCUUACCCCUUCUCCUCUCCAGUCCAUACACAACCAGCCAACGCCUCAGGCCCUUACCCCUUCUCCUCUCCAGUCCAUACACAACCAGCCAACGCCUCAGGCCCCUUACCCCUUCUCCUCUCCAGUCCAUACACAACCAGCCAACGCCUCAGGCCCCUUACCCCUUCUCCUCUCCAGUCCAUACACAACCAGCCAACGCCUCAGGCCCUUACCCUUCUCCUCUCCAGUCCAUACACAACCAGCCAACGCCUCAGGCCCUUACCCCUUCUCCUCUCCAGUCCAUACACAACCAGCCAACGCCUCAGGCCCUUACCCCUUCUCCUCUCCAGUCCAUACACAACCAGCCAACGCCUCAGGCCCUUACCCCUUCUCCUCUCCAGUCCAUACACAACCAGCCAACGCCUCAGGCCCCUUACCCCUUCUCCUCUCCAGUCCAUACACAACCAGCCAACGCCUCAGGCCCUUACCCCCUUCUCCUCUCCAGUCCAUACACAACCAGCCAACGCCUCAGGCCCUUACCCCUUCUCCUCUCCAGUCCAUACACAACCAGCCAACGCCUCAGGCCCUUACCCCUUCUCCUCUCCAGUCCAUACACAACCAGCCAACGCCUCAGGCCCUUACCCCCUUCUCCUCUCCAGUCCAUACACAACCAGCCAACGCCUCAGGUCCCUGUCCCUGUCCAUAUAUGUCCCUGGCUCUCUGUGUCCCUGGCUCUCUGUGUCCCUGGCUCUCUGUGUCCUUGGCUCUCUGUGUCCCUGGCUCUCUGUGUCCCUGGCUCUCUGUGUCCCUGGCUCUCUGUGUCCCUGUCCCUAUAUAG